AUGUGCGACACUAUAGCUAAUGCAGAGAUCAUAGUCCACAGUGAGAAAAUGAAGAACAGCUGGACUCUUCUGGGUUUUUUGGUCAUCAUUUCAAAUUGUGAAAAAAUUGUAUCUUUAAUUGUUAUUUUCAGUUUUACAGAAUUUUUGGAUCCAUUCCAGCGGGUUAUCCAGCCAGAAGAGAUCUGGCUGUAUAAAAAUCCUUUGGUGCAAUCAGACAACAUACCUACGCGUCUUAUGUUUGCAAUUUCAUUCCUUACACCACUAGCAGUCAUUUUUGUGGUGAAAAUAAUCCGGCGAACAGACAAAACUGAAAUUAAAGAAGCUUUCUUAGCUGUUUCCUUGGCUCUAGCUCUGAAUGGCGUCUGCACAAAUACUAUUAAAUUAAUAGUGGGAAGACCGCGUCCCGAUUUCUUUUACCGCUGCUUUCCAGAUGGAGUAAUGAACUCUGAAAUGCACUGCACAGGUGAUCCAGAACUGGUGUCUGAAGGCAGAAAAAGCUUUCCGAGUAUCCACUCUUCCUUUGCGUUUUCAGGCCUUGGCUUUACCACCUUCUACUUAGCUGGAAAGUUACACUGCUUCACAGAAAAUGGCCGGGGGAAGAGCUGGCGGCUUUGUGCAGCAAUUCUCCCACUCUACUGUGCCAUGAUGAUUGCCCUGUCACGUAUGUGUGAUUACAAACAUCACUGGCAAGACAUGAACCUAGUGGAGAGUCUGGUAGGUUUCCACAUGGCUUUCCUCCAGUGUCUACAGAUCAACUUACUACUGUCUGUCAACGUCUACAUUUUCGCUGUCGUUAUUUCUUUUACCAUUUCUUGA